GGGCAGUGAGCCGUGCGGGACAUAGAGCCCUGGAGUGUGAGCGCGGUGCGGGGCGGGGAGAGGCUGAGGAGGCUCUGAACACCACAGGAGGUAACAUACAGGCUGCCGAAUCCUCUCUCCUCCGGGUCUGGACUGUCACCUCAGGGUCCGGACUGUCACCUCAGGGUCCGUUGGCGCCAGGCGUCCCUCCCUCCUAUCCCGGGGUGCUCGGAGGAUGCUGUGGAGGGAGCUGAGGCUGCGCUGGAGAACCUGCACCCUGCGCCUCCUCGCCCUGUGCCUGGCCGCCCUGCUAUGCACUCACUUUUCCGCCGAGCUCAAGCGCAAGUCAUUGUCCCAGCCCGGGCUUAUACUCAAGGUGCCACCCAAGGAGCCGGGGGCAGAGGUGUACAACCGGAGACCUGACGAGGUGCCCAGCAGGAGGCAGGUGAUCUACGUGAGAAGGAGCAGCAGCAACGGGAGACAGGGGGGGCACUCAGGGGUGCGCAAGAGGAACACCCUACAGCCUGUGCGUUGGCAUAUUGAUCUACAGCCCUGGGCUGGUCAUUCACAUUCACUUGAAGAAGAAGCUAGACGAUUCCUACGUUAUAUCACAAAUUCUCAGAUCACUUGUUCUCACUUGGUGACCAAUGGACUGACAGAUCAUGUGGUUGACACUCUGAAGCCCUGGACCGUCUGCCUGGAUAAUAAAUUCAGCUUAGCACACCAGAUCAGAAGUAAGCAAUGUCGUGUCUACUCCUUGGGAUUAGGGGAAGAGGAGAACAUAUUUGAAUUCAGUAUGGCUUCGGAAGGAUGUGAAGUCCAUCGGUUUGAUCCAAGCAUCCCAUCUGCCCACAUCCAUGAAGCAGAGGGGCUCUGGCAUCAUCGUCUGUCUGUUGACUGGAGGGAUCCUAACCCAGCGAUAGCUCCACAUAGAUUACAUAGUAAUACUAAGAAGCUGAAGACCAUUCUGAAUGAGUUUGGACACUGGAAGAUUGAUGUCCUUAAAGCAGACAUGGAAAGCGCAGAAUGGAAGAUCUUAGAAAAUAUUAUACUAGAGGGUAUUAUCGAGCAGAUUGGACAGCUUGUUUUGGAGAUACACCUUCACUGGCCUGGGUUCGAGGUCAGUGGAAAUGACAGCAGUGUUGUCAGAUACUGGUAUAGUUUGUUCAAAGAGCUUGAGCAAAAGGACUUUAAACUUUUCUAUACAUACAAAGACUUAUCUAAACCGCAGUUAUUUCUUAAAAAGGAUGUCUUCAAUGCAAGCAGUUGCUAUAUACUGAGCUGGGUAAAUACCAGGUGGACAUGACACAAAGGUAUCUGAUGACUUGCGCAGAAUUAAAUUUGCUCUCAGUAUGCUGCUUGAUAAAGGAAAAGAGCAAUGUGGACGCAAAUGCUGUAAGUAAAUAAAAUUUUUAA